AACAUUAUCAAGAUGGCUUUUAUGAAAAUUGUAAAAGCGUAGAUAAAGAAAAGUUGGAAGCUUUAUUAUUACCUAAUCAACAAAAAAAAAAUAAAAAUGCCAAUGAAUGUUAUGCUAGGAACUUGGUAUACAGCAAGAAACUUUUGGAGUUGCUUUUUUUUAGGCAAUUAUCUGAUGAUUACAAUAAUUUUAAAUUAAAAUAUUGA